AGCAUCUACAGUCUCCAAAGAUUCAGAGGGUACAUACACUGAACUGGCCUCCACACAACAAGAUGUAUACAGCACUCUGGGCCACACAGCACUCAACAGCUCAAGAGCUCAGCACACAGAGGAAAGGGAACAAAGCUCCCACCCCUACAGGCUGGCUGCAGUGUGUCUGGGGCUGCUGUGUGCUCUCUUAUUGGCUGCCACAAUAGUCCUGGGUGUCCUCUAUACAAGCCUGUUUCAGAAAUAUUCAAUGUUGGCAAGAGGCCAGGAGGAGCUCAGAGCCAAUAACAGCACCUUGAACAGGGACAAGGACCAGCUACAGAGAGAAUACAGUGCAGUAUUUAAGAAACUCCCCUUUAUGGAGGAGUACUGUCCCGUCAAUUCACAGAAGAGACUGUGCAAGCCCUGUCCACAGGGCUGGAAGCAGUUCUCUUCCAAGUGUUACUACUUCUCCACUGAGAUGAAGAGCUGGAUGAAGAGUCGCAGAGACUGCUUAAGACGGGGAGCUGACCUGGUGAUUAUAGAGAGUGACGAGGAGCAGGAGUUCAUCACCAAAUACAUACAAGAUUAUUACUGGAUUGGACUGAGUGACUUAGAAACAGAGGGCACCUGGCUCUGGGUGGAUGGAACCCUCCUGCAGAAAAGGUCCUUCAUGAGUAACGCCAUGAUGCAGCUCAAUCAGGGGUCCACCACGCUGUCGUUCAGCCUCCGUUGGGCCGCCACCGUCCUGGUGCCUUGA